GUUAACUCUAAGAAACUCACAACACAAACAUCAUAAGCCAAAAUUCAAAAAAGAAUCAAAGAAACAAUGAAAUUCAUUCCACUAUGUUUCCUAAUUUCUCUCUUGGUGUUGUUCAACACAAAACCACUACAAGGAGCUGAACCAGAGCCAGUUGUAGACAUGGAAGGUAACCCUCUUCAACCAAGAGUAGGUUACUAUGCAUGGCCACUUUGGGCCAACAAUGGUGGCAUAAGAUUGGGAGAGACAAGAAACAAAACAUGUCCUCUCGAUGUAAUUCGCGACCCUAACUCAAUUGGCGAGCCAAUAUUAUUCACUCCACCAGGUGAUCUUGAUUUCAUUCCAACACUCACUGAUCUCACCAUUCGUAUUCAAAUUCUGGGUCCAUGCGUUCAAGACUCAAGAAUAUGGAAGAUAACAAAGGUUGGAGCUGAUUUAUGGUUUGUGAGCACUCGUGGUAUAGCUGGAGAUCUUUAUAGCAAGUUCAAGAUUGUGAAGCUUCAAGGAGAACAUGCUUAUGAUAUUUAUAGCUUUGAGUAUUGUCCUUCUUUUGUUUAUGGUGCUCUUUGUACUACUGUUGGUACUUUUGUAGAUUCUGAUGGAACUAAAGUUUUGGCUCUUGGUGAAGGUAUUGAUGAACCUUACUAUUUUAGGUUUCAUAAGGCUUCCACUUUUCCUCUUGAGAUGUAUCAAGAUUUGAGUGGUGUGUAGUUUCAUUAAGUUUUAACUGUGUGCUUAGUAGUUAAGUUGGAUAAAUAAGGAACUUGGAACCAUAAUAAGCCACAUAAGUGCACACAGACAAACUACUUGUCUUUGUUUUAAGAUUUGCCAUUUUCUUUUUCUUGUCUAAUAAAGUGAAAUGAAGUUUGCUUAUUUUGCUCA